AUGGCCCGAUCAGCUACAGGUCUCCCAGACCAUGCUCUAGUAAGCGAUUUCAUCCAAAAUGGGUAUUGGAACCUUCCUCCUAACUGCAGAAUGGCUGGACAGUGUCUAAUGCAAGAGAUUGCCCUAUGUGAACUCCCGCAGCUCCCUGUUGAAGACAGGCAUCAUUUGGAACAAAUUCAAUAUCUCCAAGCACAGUAUUAUCGCCUGGAUGGCCCUCAACUCUUGGCUUCUUACAACAGAUCGAGGUGGAUUUGGGCUCAGCUCUGUUCUAAAUUUGGAUAUGAUCAGCCUGCAACCAACAUUCAUGAUGUUUGCCGAUGGAUUUAUGAAAUCAAAACUAAGAAUUCGGCCUUUACUGGCCUGAUCCUAAAGCUCUCCUUUACAGCAGUCAUACACUAUGUUUGGCGUGAGAUAAAUUCCAAGCGCCAUGAAGGGAAUCCAAGCAGUAAGCAGAACUUUUGGAGAGUGCAUGGUCACCCUGCUCAGCCAUCUAUGGCUGAAUGUUACUCUUCUUCAAACCCUCUGAAAAGAAAAGUGAACACAGACGGUUCAGUAGCAAUAGAGGCUACUGCGGCUGCGAUAGCAAGGGACUUUAUCGGCCAUCCUCUUUGGGCUUUUCGGAAGACGGUUGAGUGGACAGAGAUUUGGAAGGUGGAACUUUAUGCAAUCUACCAUACAUACGGUGGAGAUGGCUUCACGAAUGGGCAUUCGGAACCUUUGUGUAGAGUCUAA